AUGGCAUUGAUUCUCCUCACAUGCUGGCUGACUAGGCGGCCUUCAAACAUUGGAGGUUUCCAGCCUUUUCGUAUCUCACCAGCUCAACAAAGUCGGCUUCGGGUACGAGCUACAAGAAGAGAUAUUCCAAGGUGUGUGGCCUUCGACCUGGACGGUUUGCUGUGGCGACCUAGCCUGGCUCAACUUGGCGUAGCAAACGACCUGGCCCUGCAUUGCUCCUGGCCGAAUACGGGAGGCCCACCAUUCACACGAAUUUCCGACAAUUCAUUGCGGGACCGCCGUGGUGAGCGUGUAGCCCUCUUUGAAGGGGUCCAUGAGGCGCUGGAAGAGCUGGUGAUUCCUGGAGGCCGUUGGUAUGGCGCUAAAUUAGCGGUGGCCUCCUGUUGUCAGGAACCGGCUUGGGCAAAAGCUUGCCUCAAGGCCUUUCGAUUCAAUGGGCGGUCUUUGUCGGAAAUCCUGCCACUACAACACUUUGCGCGUGGCAGCAAGCGGCUGCAUUUGAGGCGAAUAGCCAGUCUUGCACACUGCAAAGCAUCACAACUGCUGUUCUUUGACAACGAGCUGCAACACUGCGAGGAUGCAGCUGAGCUUGGUGUCACUGCCGUGCUUUGUCCUGGUGGUUUGACAGCUGAAUCUUGGAAAGCUGCAGUUGCAGGUUUCCCUCGCCCUGGUACUGUCAUCAAUCCAAAGCGAUUGCGACGGCAAAAAGCUGCUGAUGGUAUCGUGUAG